AUGCUGGGGCGACGCGGCCUCGGCGCCGCGCAGUGCGCGUGGCGCAGCUCCUGGGCGCGCGCCGUGUCCACGAAGGCCUUGUCCAGACGCUCCUCCAUCCGCGACGCGCGUCUGCUGGACAGCGGCUCGCGCGUGGCCGUGGGCGGCUGGGUCAAGUCGGUGCGCAAGCACAAGUCCGUGAGCUUCGUGAACGUCAACGACGGCUCGUGCCUGGGCGAGCUGCAGAUCACGCUGCCGGCCGAGGAGUCGGAGGCGGCGGCGACGCAGUCGCUGGGCGCCAAGAUCAGCGACAUCACCGUCGGCUCGAGCGUCUACGCGGAGGGCGAGCUGCGUGAAGUGCCGGGCGGCAAGCAGAAGCGGCUGGAGCUGCACCCGAGCACGCUGGAGGUGCUGGGCAAGUGCGACAUCCAGAAGUACCCGCUGCAGAAGAAGUACCACUCGCUCGAGUUCCUGCGCGAGAACCUGCACCUGCGGGCGCGCACCAACACGUUCGGGGCCGUCACUCGCGUGCGCAACGCGCUCGGUCAAGGAUUGCACUCGUACUUCCAGAAGAACGACUUCCUGCACUUGCACAGUCCGAUUCUGACCUCGAACGACUGCGAAGGAGCCGGCGAGAUGUUUCGUAUUGCCAAGAUCGAUGGAAAGGAUGAGGAGUUCUUUGGCACGCCGACCUAUUUGACGGUGUCCGGCCAGCUGCACGGCGAGAUGUACGCCUGCGCGUUGAGCAAGGUGUAUACCUUCGGGCCAACCUUCCGUGCUGAAAACAGCAACACUACCCGUCACCUGGCUGAAUUCUGGAUGGUCGAGCCUGAAAUGGCUUUCGCAGGCCUUGAAGAGUGCGUUGCCUCGGCGCAGGGUGCGGUCCAGAGCUCUGUGACGCAUGCGCUUGAGACGUGCUCGGAAGAUAUCGCCUUCUUCAACAAGAACUACGACAAGCAGAUCGCCGAGCGCCUAGAGCGCGUUGUGGAAAAAGACUUUGCCCGCUUGACGUACACGGAGGCCAUCGAUGUUCUUCAAAAAGCGGUGGCGGAAGGUAAGGGCAAAGUGAGCUUUGAGAAGAAGCCGGAGUGGGGUAUGGACUUGCAGACGGAGCACGAGCGGUUCCUCGCGGAGAAGUACGUCGGUGGUCCGGUGUUCGUGACGGACUAUCCUGCCGAUAUCAAGGCAUUCUAUAUGCGCAAGAAUGCGCCGGAUAUGCAGGAUCGGGAGACCGUGGCUGGUAUGGACCUGCUGGUGCCGAAGAUUGGUGAGCUUGUCGGUGGCAGUGUUCGCGAGGAGCGUUUCGAGGUGCUGGAGAAGAAGAUGCGUCAUUUGGGCCUGCUCCCUGAAGAAGACCUUGACGAUGACAGCAUUACUGCUGCGGGUGGUGACCUCGACUGGUACCUGGACUUGCGCCGCUUCGGUUCGGUGCCGCACGCUGGUUGGGGGCUCGGCUUUGAGCGGCUUGUGCUUUUUGCCACGGGGAUGGACAACAUCCGGGAUGUGAUUCCGCUGCCUCGCUUCCCUGGCCAAUGCAAGCACUAG